UGCGCGUUCGGCGGCGGCCGGAAGGGGCGGGGCCGCGCGGGACACACCCCCUCCCCUGGCAGGGGGAAGUGACGUCGUGUUUGUUUGCGGAAGCGGCCGGCAGGAGGAUGGCGGCGGAGGGGGAGCGGGUGGUCUUCGAGCGGCGGGGCGUGUGCGUGCACACGCGUGUGCGGCGGCCCUGGGCCCCCGAGGCGACGCUCCCCGGCGUGCUGCGCCUCCUCGAGACGCCGGGGGCGGCGACGCUGCAGUGGGAGCCCCUGGAGCAGCCGCGGGAGCCGCCCGGCACCAUGGCGGGGGCCGGGCGCCCCGAGGAGGAGGAGGAGGAGCAGGAGGCCGAAGACGAGGAGGAGCAGGAGGAGGAGGAGGAGGAGGAGGAGGAGGAGGAGGAGGAGGAGGCCGAAGAGCUCUUCGACCCCGGCUACGAGCCCGACUGGGCCGUGGUCAGCGCCCCCCGGCUGCCCCCGCCCCCCCCCCCCGCGCCCUCGGGGGGCCCCUGGGGCUUCCGGCUGGGGCUGGGGACGCUGCGGGGGGUGCGGCGGGGCCGCCCGGCCCUGGGCCCCCCCUUCGUGGUGCUGCUGCCCCGCGACGGCCCGUGUCCGCCCGCCCUGCACUUCCCCCGCGGCGGCACCCGCGCCCUGCUGCGCGCCCUGGCCCGCCGCCUGCCCCUCCGCCCGUGCCCCCGCGCCCCCCGCCUGCUCCUCGUGGCCCCCCCCGGGACCGAGCCGCAGCUCGACGCCGCCCCCGGCCUCGUCGCCCGCCUGCUGCAGGCCCCCUACGCCGCCACGCUGGGGGGGCUCUCGCGCGUGAGCCGCCUGCUGGGGGCGCCGCGAGGCCCCGCCCCCGCCGAGGAGGAGGCGGAGCCGCCCUUCGAGGUCAUCGCCUGCGUGCGGCUGGGGCCGCGGCCCCACCCCCCGCGGGGGCCCCCGGUGACGGAGGCGGAGUGGGGGCGGAGCUGCGACGCCGAGGGGCGAAUCAGGGACCCCGAGGGGCUGCGCUGGCGCCUCUUCCGCGGGGGGCUGAGCCCCGAGGCGCGGCGGCAGGGCUGGUGCCGCCUGCUAGGCCUGCGGCCGUGGGGCUGCGGCGACGGCGAGGAGCCGGCCCGGGCCCGGCAGCGCCGGGCCGACUACGCCCGCAUGAAGCUGCAGUGGCGCUCGCUGAGCCCCGGGCAGGAGCGACGCAACCGGCCGCUGCGGUGCUACCGCCGCCGCCUCGAGCGCGACGUGGCCCGGGGGGCCGCCGGCCCCGCGCGGGUGCUGCUCCACGACAUCCUCAUGACCUACUGCAUGUACAACUUCGACCUGGGCUACGUGGGGGGCAUGAGCGAGCUGCUGGCACCGCUGCUGCCCGUGUUCCCCGAGGAGGCCGAGGCGUUCUGGGCCUUCUGCGGCGUCAUGGAGCUGGCGGGCGGCGCCUUCGCGGGGAGCCGGGAGCAGCUCACGGAGCCACUGGGGCAGCUGCUGCGGGUGCUGGACCCCCCCCUCUGCGACCGCCUGGCCCCCCGGGGGUCGAGGGGCCUCUGCCGGCGCCUGCUGCAGCUCCGCUACCGGCCCCCCCUCGACCUCGGGGGGGUCCAGCGGCUCUGGGAGGUGCUGUGGACGGGGCUGCCCUGCCCCAACUUCCAGCUGCUGGUGGCCUGCGGGGUGCUGGAGGCCGCCGGUGCCCCCCCGCCCGGGGACCCCCCCGGGGACAGCGGGGACGACAGGGACAGCGGGGACACGGACAGUGACGGGGACACGGACAAGGACGAGGGCCCCCCCGCGCGGUGGCCGCGGCUGGAGGCCGACGCGGUGCUGAGCCGGGCCGAGGGGCUCUACUGGCAGCUGGCUGCUGCCGCCACCGAGCUGCCCCCGGCGGUGCAGGAGCUGCUGGGCCUGGGGGGGCCCCUCAAGCGGCCCCCCCGGACGCCUGGGCCCCCCCGGACCCGGGGCCCCCUGGGAGCCGCCGCCACCAACUGAGGACGCCGGGGCCCCCUCGGGCUGACGGGAGGGGCGCCCGGACGCCUGGGCCCCCCCCGGAUGCCUGCCCCCCCCCAGUGCAGGAAACCCCCCCCAAAACCAGUCCAGACACCCCGAAACCAGUGUGAACCCUGCUCAGACCAGUACAGACACCCCAAAACCAGUACAAGCAUCCCGAAAACAGUCCAGACACCCUGGAACCAGUACAGACACUUCAAAACCAGUAUGAACCCUCCCCAGACCAGUACGGACACCCUAAAACCAGUAUAGAGACCCCCCAAACCAGUAUGAGCCCUCCCCAGACCAGUACGGACACCCUAAAACCAGUACAGAGACCCCCAAACCAGUAUGAGCCCUCCCAAACCAGUACAGGCCUCUCUAAACCAGUACAGAGAUGCCGCCCCCCCCCCCCCCCAAACCAGUAUGAACCAUCCCCAGACCAGUACAGGUCCUCUAAACCAGUACAGAUGUCCCAAACCAGUAUAAAUGCUCCCCAGACCAGUACACCCCCCCCCCCAACCAGCCCCUCCCCCUGUCCCAGUUCGCCACAGUGCGGCCCAGAAAAAAACGAGGCCAAAACCCCCAAAAUAGAGCAAAAACUGCGCAAUCGCCCCCCCCCCCGGACACCUGGGCCCUUCCCCCUCCCCCCCGACCUAAUUAGCGCCGGGGGCUAACGAACACCAGGCCCAAUUAGCGCUGGGGCCUAAAGAACCUCGGCCUUAAUUGGGGGGGGGAGGUGACUGAGCCCCCCCAAAGGCGUAAAAAUAGAAGGAAAUGAAAUAAAACGGAGUAAAAAUGGAAUAAAUUGAAAUGAAACGAAAUAAAACGAAAUGAAAUAGAUUAAAAUAAAGGCGCUAAAUGAGGUAAAACUCACGA